GCAGCUUCGUCUCUGCCAGAGUUUCCUCGACACACAAAGGUUUAAAGAGUCUUUAGGUGGACCUGAAGAGUUCAGCAGUGAACUAUGGCACACAUUGUUGAAGACUCUGAACAGUUUGUUAAAGACUCCAGCCUGAGGGACUGGAAGGUGAUUGGCUCCGGGGGUUUUGGACAAAUCUACAAAGCCAGGCAUCAUCAGUGGGGCUUUGACGUGGCCGUUAAACUGCUUCUUACGGACGGGGGGACCGAAGAGUCUUUGCUGCGUGAGAUCAAGAUUAUGCGUCAAGCCACCAGCCCAUAUGUGAUGGCCGUCCGAGGGAUCUUCAAGGGUCAAACGCCCUCCUCUGGCAGGUCAACACAGCUUGGUGUGGUCAUGGAGCUCAUGAAGAGAGGAUCAGUGGCCUCCCUACAGGAAGCAUUGAGGGGAACUCCACCCUGGCCGCUGGUCUUCAGACUGGCUCACCAAGUGGCUCUGGGUAUAAACUUCCUCCACUGUCUUCAACGUCCCGUGCUCCACCAGGACCUGAAGCCCCAAAACGUGCUGCUGGACGACUUUCUCAAUGCCAAGCUUACAGAUUUUGGCCUUUCCCGGAUUUCCUGCAGCGUCACACAAGUUCCCAAGAACGAUGACCCACUAGGAGGGACGAUUAACUACAUGCCACCAGAGGCUUUUGAAGUAUCAUACAGACCUACCAGAGCCUUUGACAUCUACAGUUAUGGGAUACUCCUUUGGUCCAUUGUAACAGGGAAACAACCAUAUGAAUGUAAGUGACUUUUGUGUCUUUAGCAGUCCCUCCAGGAUUUCGUGCCUUUUAUUGAGAUUGUUGCAGCCCAAAAUGCCUGAUUUUACAGGAGAUUUUGUAAAAAAUGGCAAACAAAAGUUGUAAUGUAUUUUGUAUUUUUUGUUGCAAUGAAGUUGCGAAUAAUUUUUUGGUAUAAUUCUUUAAAAAUCCAAAGGAAACUUAUUUUGGGCAGAAUAAAACUACUCUGGGCUGAGUUUUCCUAUUAACCAACAAGGCUCAGCAUGCUGCAAAUGUUGGUAUAAUAUGAA